CAGAAUGGUGCACAACCCAACCACAACAACUUACCCCCCGCCUCCCCAACUGCUUCGCAAUGUUUCCGACCGACCCCGAUAUACCUGCGAAUCCCGCAUUACAAAAGCUCCCCCCAGUGGCAACUAAUCCCAGCGCCAAAGCACCCUCGGACCGUAUCCAAACCAAUCUGACAACCCGGGAGCGCACCCCGGUGGCUCAGUCGGCAAGCCAGGACGACAAUCCAAUACGGCCGCCCCCGACGCCCGGUCGAAACGAACAAGACACCCAUACCCUAGAGGCCGUGUUGCCGCGUUCUGAAACAGAGCCCACCACGUCUGCCGACGAUGGCGCGCUCCGGCGAGCCAGGCCGACCAAGCUCAGCGGCAUCCGUGACUCUGUGAGAUGGCUGGACGACAAGAUCGACCUACGUACCACUGACACCGACUCCACAAUUCGCGCUCUCAAUCAGACAACUCUGUCAACACUGUCUACUAUCGAUGAGCUGAAAUAUACGUUGUCGACAGGCCUGCAAAAGUUGUCCCAAGACAUCGCCAGUGUUAACAACCGCAUCUCCGCGAUCGACAUGAGAAGCGCGGAACACCAUGCGCAGCUCCAAACACGUGUCGGCGACGGUACGAGGCAAAUCCAAGAACAUCUGAUGCGAAACAACAUAAAUAGAAUCAGCCAGAUUGAUGCCGUUCGCCAAUGCAUUAAGAAUAUCGGCCACGACUUACACAACGAUCGCGGUCACCGUCAUCUGGAUUCUAAACAGGAACAACAAGACGAGGUGACAACCCGCCUACGCAAUGUUCGCGGUAAUCUCCAUGCCCAAAACACCUCCUCAAUUCCGGAAGAAGGUGUGCGAAUUGGCUCUAGGAAUGGUUUCAACCAGCGCGCUCCGCCCCCCGAAGACCGCGCGGGCGGUGCAAGUGGCGGCCCUGACCCAUCAGACGAUGACGACGACGAUGGCGAUCGACCUUGCCACCGUAACUCACCCGGUACCUACGAGAUCAAGCCUGGCGACAUCGGCCGGUUUGAUCCAACCUUCGAAGAUGCCCAUGGUGUUGGCGUCGUCAAUGACGGUAGCAAUACCAUCUUCACCGACGUCUACUGUUUUAUUGAGCGUAUCAACACCUUCCUGGAAGACCCGGAGACCAGCGUCUCGGCUGAGCGACAGAUCACGUCACACUUUCAAUCACUACUGAGUGGCCCAGCGAUCCUUUGGUGGACCAACGAGGUUGCGGCAUCGCACCGCAUGGAGUUGCGCCGCAUGGGAUUGCGUACUAUGUUGAAUUUUCUCAAGUUACGGUUCAACCCGGAUUCCAUGACGGCCACUCGCCGGUUUAACGGGACCUUCCUGGCGUCGAAGGAUGUCGACGAAGAUGACCAGGCAAUGUCGAAAUUUGUGCAGAAGAAGCUUCGCUGGGCCCGCUCGAUGGGCAUCAUCGACGGCAGCAUAGAGCCCAAGAUGCGUCAGUAUCUACCGCCUCUCAAGCGAUUUCCUACUCUAAGCGAGGAUAUGCAAGGAAUCGAGAAGUCUCGAUCGAUCUUGCUCGCCGCUACUCACCACCAACAUCAAGGGCUGCGUAAGAAGCCUUACGAAGAUAAGCGGUCUUACACGGUUGACAAGACAUCUCAUAAGUUCCCAAGUUCUUUCUCUAGCAACAGGUCCCACGAUCGUUACUAUGACCGGCAUAGCGACUGGCAUCGCGACCGCACUGACAAGUACGAUAGCCAUGACCGUAAGCAGUAUAGAAAACAUAGCGACUGUCAAGAGGGUAACCGACGCAGGGAUGACGGCGACCGAGACCGUGACCGGGAUCGCAAGCUUGAUGAUCGAGAUCGGCAUCGCGAUCGUGACCGUUAUAAGCUCCGCGAGGACGCUAACAAUGUCGAUUUUCGUUGCCCGAUACACCCGGCGAUUGCUUCGGCCGAAGAAGCCACCCCUGAAGACGACUCGGCGGUUCAAGCGAACAGCGUAGCGGUUAGCAUUGCCACCAUAGCCAGCGACAUCCCUACGUCUGGGUACAAAGUCAAGGACGCACCUGCAGGACGUACGACUCAACCCGAUGGCAGCGCUCUCGGCGGCUACACCCACCUGCGCAUCGCAGCUCGCAUCCAACCUGAGGGACCGAAUAUAGAAAUCUGUUUGGAUCCGGUCGCUAGUCACUCUCUCAUCGGUCGGUCUUUUCUCGAGCAGCUCAACUACCGUAUUGAACACCGCAAGGGCAAGAUGAAAGGAGUCGGUGAGGGAAAGCGCAACUUAAGCUACUGGGCGACAUUCGACAUUUAUCUUCCCGGAGUCGAGAACGGUGGACCCACUUUAAAUAAGUUCACACAUUCGGCAUGGGUCGCUGAAUCGUUGGGACCCAAUCUCCUGUUGGGCAACGGAUUUCUGGACGCCUACGGCGCGAAGAUCGACUACGAGACUAAGUUGGCUCACUUACAGUUGUUUGACUUCGUCCUCCCUUUCUCUAUUUACGCGCAUUUAACGCCCUGAACGAAAUCCUGUUGCCGGACUAGAAAGCAAUGGUCCCAGUUCUAAACGUUGCGCUGUUGUAACCAACACUUUGGGAGGAUUAGUAUAGAGGAGAGUAGUAUAAAGAGAAAACGAUGACAAAACCACGUUAAUACACAGCAAAAACCUAUC